UUCAAUACGAACUGUUUCCUUAAACACAGUUGUGUGAAACAUAGGCAAAAGUUAAUAUAAUAAAGUAUAUUAUUUGAUAUUGUGAUUUUUACAAUACGAAAAAAACUGAAAAAGUGAACGUAAAAGUGAUGUAGAACAAAAGUUUGGAUAUAAAUAUGGAGGUUUCAGGUGCAGGGAAAUCCCCAAACACAUCACUGUCAUUUAGAUACAAUGCAAAUAAUGAAGAGUUGGAAGAGCUGUUCCAAGCCUGUGAGGAUGAUCCCCCGACACCUCAACCUGAUCCACCAGUCAAGACUGAGAGUGCAAGUCCAAAGAAAACGGAAAGGUCAUCCUCCAUAAUAGACAAAUACUUCAAAUCUAUGCGAACAGAAAAACUAACAGAAAAAGUUGAAGAUGUUAAACAGGAACUUAAAUCUGAAGAGAACCGUAGUCCUGUAACACCCAAAGAGGUUACCUCUUCACCUAUGAAGGAGUAUUUGAAUCGUCUUGGUAAGAGAAGUGCCUCAGAAGUCAUCCCAGAAGGCAAGGAAGCUAAUGAGACAUGGAAGAUAUUUCAUGACUUUAAAUUUAAAAUUGCUCAAGCUGUUGAAGACAUGAAGACACGCUCUGUAGAAGAAACAAAAGAAAAAGUUUUACCAAGAGAAAAUUCUACGUCUGAUUCUGAAGAAUCUUCAGUCAUGAAAGAUUGUGAUCAACAAAGUAUGGGUGAUACUGAUAACCAGGUGUCAUCGCUAGAUAGUAGUAUGCAGAAUUUAUCAGACAUGACUCAGCCCCUAACAGCCAAACCCACAGAUAAUGAAUUGUGUAAAGAACUAAACGCUACUAAAAAUCAUUCAGAUUCCAGUGAGGAUACACAUAAGAAUUUAAAUCGCAGCGAAUCUGAUUUAACAAAAGAAUUACAAGACAGCUUGGAAGUGGAAUCCGGUGUAGAGGCUCUCGAAGACACGAUAGACGCUUUCGGUGAUUUGAAUCAAAUCGAAACCGAUGUUAAGAAUCAAAAACGAGACGAUUCAAGUCUUGGACAACCAAUUGCCACAUCCUCGCCGACCAACUUCGGUCUUCCACCCAGCAAGAAUAAUUUACUAAAAAACGAAGCUUCAAUGAAACCAAAAACAUACUUUUUGAAGUUCUCAAUGUACCUUCUAACUAUUUUCCUGUUACUCAACUAUAUAUUAUUUCCAAAUUGCAAUGUUUGGAAUGGUUUUUUACUUGGCAUAUGGUGUUUUUAUUUCGCGAGUAACUUGAAGGAAUGGGUACUGGAUAACUAUUUCAGCGAUGAGCCUCGAAAAGGUUUCUUUCAGUUGAACCGCAGCAAUUCUAUUCCACUUACUUACACGAUACCGUCUGUUAAGGAACAUAGGCCGCUUAAGAAAUACGAGGGAUGGAUGAACCAUUACAGGUAUCCAGAUUAUGAUCCUUACACCUACCAUAUAAAUAAGACAACGACGGCCUUCAUGAAGCUAGAGGGCUGCAAUUUGCGGAUAUCAUACACAAGAACGAAGGUCGCCAAACGAGCGCUAUGGGACGAGAAGAUCGAGAAGGUCACAUUCUACCAACAUCGGCUGUACAACCUCACCGGUGCUAAAGUUAUACUGCUCCCUGAGGGUCUUGUUAAGAGGCGGCAAUGGAGCAAAAAAUACCCGAUUUGCAUAAUAUUGAACGAAAAGGAGAAGAUUCAAGUUUUAGAAAAAGAAAACACAUCAACUGAGAGGAAGAUGUCGGAGUCAAUGGAUAAAAAGGGCAAGGAGGUACCGCAAGAGACUGAAAGCAUUGAAACUAAUACUAGCCCUGAGAAGAAGAAGAAAUUCAUAUGGAGAAGAAAAGAGAAGAGCCUUUCACACAACGAUGAGAAAGAACCAGGAAAGGAAGGCCUGCGACAGAGAUUUGCUAGGAAAAUGCAUAGAGAUAAGAAAACAGACAACACAUCGACCAACACGGAGCCAGAGAAUCAAGGUCAAGUGGACAAGAAUACGCAACAAGAAGAACUAGUCGAAAACGAAGUGGAAUUGACCACAAAGUCUGUCACCAGCACUAAAGAUGAUGACGAAGAUUUGGACGAAAGCGAACUGUCUCGCAUUAAGGAAUUCCUGGAAGAAACUGAAAUCGAGACGGGGAUGGAGGGCGCGGCGGAGGGCGAGUGGAGCGUGCACGUGAAGCAGUCCAAGGACAAGCACUCGCACUUGUAUCUGUUCGCGCGCACCGGCAGGGACAAGCACGAGUGGUACCGACGAAUCAUGAUAGCUAUCUCAGAAGCAAACGCAUCAGCGGACAACUCCGGCUCUGAUGAAAAGUCAACAAGUGACAAUGCACAAGAAACGAAAGACGGCGUUGAACUCGCUGUAUAUAAACUUUCUGAAAAAGAUACUGUAGCAUUCGCUAAGAGUAAAACAAACGACUCGGUGACAGAGGGCGUGACGAUCUCAUCUAUCUCUCACCCUCCACCAACUAGCUUCAGCCUCAGCUCCUAUGAGAAAACUUUCUGGCCGUACAUGCAGAAGAUCAUACAGACGCACGAAGUUCCGACGAAACAAAAAAUGGACGUAGGCGUUAUGUGCCAGUUAGAGCCAUCUCCUCAUGAGCGCAAGCACAAGAAGAAAAAGAAAGGCGAUAUGCAAAAUUCGUCCCCGGACUGUGAGUGUCGAGCCUUGCCCGCAGAGCUGACGUGGAUGAACACUUUACUGGCGAGACUGAUGUUCGACGUGACCCGCGACCCGCACACCGCCGCGCGCCUGCAGAACAGGAUCCAGAGGAAACUCAACACGCUCAAGCUGCCGUCGUUCAUGUCCCCGCUGGUGGUGACGGAGCUGCGGCUGGCGGGCGCGUGCCCGCUGCUGUGCGGCGUGGGCGCGCCCGGCGUGGACGCGCGCGGGCUGUGGCUGCACGCGCACCUGCGGUACGACGGCGGCGCCACCAUCACCAUCCUCACGCAGAUCAACCUCAUGAAACUCAAGGAGAAGAAUGUCACAUUAGAGGAACAGAUACUUGGUACCAGUGAAAACGUGGUCGAAAGUGAAGUCAACAUAGGAUCAAUGCCGAGUUGUGUUUCCCCAGAAUUAAAAAGGAGAAAACCAGCCAUCUACGACUCGGACGUGGAGGACUCGGCGGAGUCGAGCAGCGACGACGAGAGCCCGCCCGUGCAGCCCGUCGACAGCGCGGAGAGCGUCGCUCUGGCCGACACCGUAUCGUCAACGAAUGAAGGUGGCUCUUCGAAGAAAAAAUUUCUACGAAUGGUUGACAAGAUAGCAACUAACAAAUACUUCCAACAGGUAACUGACUAUAAAUACGUCAAACGUGCAAUGGAAGGCUUAUCAAACACAGACAUUAAACUACAGUUGGAUGUCCAUGGCUUAGAAGGGAUAUUAGCUAUCAACCUGCCCCCACCGCCACACGAUAGGCUUUGGAUUGGAUUCUCUACCAACCCGCAGUUAGUUCUAAAGGCGCGCCCAGCAGUGGGCGCGCGAACACUCCGCUUCGCCCACAUCUCCAACUGGAUCGAACAGAAGCUAACAAAGGAGUUCGAGAAAGUUCUAGUACUGCCCAACAUGGAGGACAUCAUCAUAGACGUGCUCACGCCCACGCCCGUCGAGUUCGAGAGAUAGGUUUGUAUGGAGAAGGAAUAUUCUAGAACAAUCGAGGGUUUAGCGCGUUGAUUAAUGAAAACAUGCCAUCUUGAAACAAUGAUAACCGCCAACUAUAUCAAUCCGUUUCAUCGAAAAAUUCGAAAAAAUUCUAGUUCUUUCUAAAGUGGCAGACGUAUAAUAUUCUUACUUACACCUAUCGUCGAGUUGGUAAAUGAAAAAGAAUUUCUAAAAUAUUCUAUACUAUUUGGUUACUUGAAAAAAAGUCGCUGUAUGAAAAAACUAAUAAAAAAGUGGCCAAAAAACCUAACUUUAAUGAAGUAAAUUCUAAUUUUUGUUCAGUUGAAACCGUUUUUGACAUACUAUUAAUUUUUUUUACUUUUGCCAAUUCGUUUUGUCAAUUAGUUUUGUGAA